AUGGCCAGCAAUGCGCCGCAGGAGCCGCAGAAGCAGGCCGGCCCGCCGCAUGCGCUCGAGAACAUGCAGGCCAUGAUGAACCUCCUCAUAACCAGUGGCCGCUACAUGAAAACCGUGAAGCAGGCGCCCGCAGAGUCCGCCAAGAUGCAGUUCCAGCUGAAGCGCGCCGUCUCCGCCGGCAGCGAGCGCUUUCACGAUUCGCUCGACGAGCUUGAAAACGAGAUCCGCCAUGCGCAAGCCGUCUUGCGGCGCGACCUCGCCCAUAUGAGGGCCCAGAGGAAGGAGAAGGAAGCUGCGGCCAAACAGAAGGAGGCAGAGAAGGCGCGACUGGCAACCGAGUCCAAGAACAUCCCAGCGCCGCCGAAGGAGGAAGUCGCAGCACCACCCGCUCCUGCCAAACCAGCGUCGCCUGUGCCAGUCAAAGCCGAGCCUACAGAGCCCGUCAAAGUCGAGCCUGCGGUGGAGAAGGAGCCCACGCCGAAGGAGCCGACCCCGCCUGCAGAUGUGUCUAUGGAGAAUACAGACGACCUCGGGGGUAUGCAAGAGAGCGAGUUUGACUUUGAUGCCAUGUUCGGCGAGAGCACAAUGGACACUUCAGGCGAUGCCGGCAACGACCAAGGCGAUCUUAAUCCAGACGCGGAUGCCGACCUUGACUUCACCCUGGGUACGCAACCGUCCGACGGGCUCCUGCGUGGGCUCGAAGACUUUGCUAAGGACGGUGCGGAUGACACCGCAGGCCAGAACAAUGCCUCCACCCUCGACCUUGACUUCAACAUGACGGACAUGCCCGACUUAAACGUAAGUGCACCGCCGCAGCAGUCGGCCACUGCCACGACCCCGACCCCGAAGCAAGAGGACACUGCGGGCCAGCAGGCUACCACCACCGACGAGCUGAAUCUCGAAACCAUGACCUCUGACAACCUCGAUGAUCUCUUCGACCUGGACUACCAGAAUCCUGAGGCAACUCAAUUCGACGACGCCUUCUUUGGCUUCGACGAGAACUAA